UUUGCCUGCUCAUUGGUUGCUCCAUGUUUUUUAUAGCAUUCAGCACAUUUCUGGAAUGGAUGGUGAAGUAGCUGUCUGGGCUGAAUUCACUAUCUAUUACUUGGAUAUUUCCUAUGUAUCAGCAGUUUCCUAAUAUCGCUGAUUAACUUAAAUAUGAACUGGUAUAUAUGAACACACAUGUGUCUUCUUUAUGUCAAUGUGCAUCUUUAUAGACAUUCUAGACUUUAUCUGUUCAGAUAAUUAGGUCAGUCUUUAGGUUCUUGGGUAAUAAAGCCACAAACAGAUCUUCCAAUCUACUAAAGACCCUUCUCCUCCUCCUUGCCUGGGAUUAGUUUCUCUCAAAGGCAAUUAGUCUGGAUUUUGGAUUAGCAGAUGAUGCCAUGGAGAGAGCAGUGUCGACAACAGGAACUAACUCACUAUAUACCUACAGGAAAAAUCCAUCUUUCAGCAGAUACAGGGCAAUGUUCCAUCUCUUAUCACACUGCUGGCGCUGGGUAAAGAUAAACCAAGAACCCAUAAGGCAGGUAACCAUUCUGUUCUUAGGGCUGGAGAAUACUGGAAAAAGCUCAGUCAUUAGAGUCAUUCAGAGAGUCCCUCCAUGCCGAGUUUCCUCUUCCUCUUCAACCAAUCCACUCCGAACUGAACUACGCCUGGAUCGUUUCAACCUUACUCUUCUUGAGCUUCCGGGCGGACCAAAAACUAGGGCAUACUGGAGGCUGCAUUACUCUCAGGCCCAUGCACUAGUUUUUGUGGUGGAUUCAAGUGAUACUGUACACAUGCGUGAAGUGGAAAGUGUGCUUGCCAGUGUCCUAAGACAUCCUCAAGUGGCUGGGAAACCACUUUUAAUACUGGCUAACAAACAGGAUAAACCAUCUUCACUUGUUCCCAGUGAGAUCAUAGAGUUGCUGUCUCUGGAACCUCUAGUGAAUGAGAACAAGACUCUCUGCAGAAUUGAACCUUGCUCUGCGGCAGCUGAUUUCUGCUCUGAACAUGAUUGGGCAAUACUGAAGGGCCUCAGAUGGGUCCUCAGAUCUGUCGCCCUCAGCUACCCCAUAUUGAGUUUACGUGUGCAACAAGAUUGUGCAGAACAGCAAGAUAGCCUGCACCUCAGAGUAUCAGGGAGGACACAAGAUAAUAGGGUUCUUUCAUACUGGGAUGUGCCUCAUGACAACAUUAAAGACCUUGUGGAGUAUAAAGAAUUCCCAGGUGGAAAAAAGAGACCUUUGAAACCAAUUCAAAACAUAUUAACACAGACAGGCAACAAUCUGCGUACACUGAAAAAGAAAAAGAGGGUAAGAGCGAAAGAGCCCACUAUGCCUCAGAUAGCAAAGAAUAAUGAAGAUGAGAUGGAUGAAGAGGAUAAGUGGGCAGUCGGACAAAAAUUAUCUCCUUCUGGUGCAGCCCAAAACACCCAUCUAAUGGGACACAGAACAGUAAUUCAGCCAGAGACACAGCACAGUAACCGGCCCACUGGAUCAAGGAAGAGAAAGAAAAAGAGAAAAGCCAUUUUGAAGAACCAAAUAAAGUCACAGGAGAUUGGAACCAGUUCCGGAGACAUGAGUAAUACAUUUGAUUUGUACAGAAGAGCUAUGCAAGCCCUAAAACAGAAACAAGAGCAACAAAGAGAGAAGACAAUUUGCAGUAACCAAGUCAAUGCUGACAACUGAUAUUCAAUAUUUAUGAUAUCACAAUUACGCUCUUAGAGGACAUCUUCCAAACCAGAGGCUGUGUGAAUGUUAAAAAUGAUGUGGUAUAUACAAAAUGUAGCAGUCUUUUCUUUGCAGAACACCAAAAGAGGGCAUAGCCAAUGCUUCCACUAACAAAAUAUGCUCCUCCUUGGCCACUAUCCUUUCGACUGAGAAUUGGGCUAUGUUAUAUACCUGGCACAUAGCACCUUUUAAAGCAUGCAAGUCCUCCUGCAAAAAUCAGAGAUUACUCUUGUUAGCGGCACAUUGAACAGUUGGACGAUUGCCCAUAGAGAGCUCUUAGGCCUAGUCAGAAUCUUGUCAUUAUUGUCAACUGCAUAACCAACAAAAUGAACCCAUGAAGCUUUAGGUAAGUGUUAAUAAUACCUGGUCCUAGUUGGCCAAGGCCUGAUCGUGGGGAAUAACAGUCCCAUGCCAUCUUACCAAUGCAGGUCCAGGGGUUAAUUGGUAGGAGGUUUAAUUGCACCUCCCCCAACACAUUAAUAAGGUUUUGGUAGCAGUAUUAACUGCUUUGUGUCCCCACUAUGUAGGAGUUGAGAGUAGGCUCUCACCCUAUUGAGAGUGUGCCUUGCCUUGUGGCAGGUGAGCUUAAUUAUUUUUUUUUAAUUUAUGGAAAAAAAAUCCCAUUUUCCAUUUUUGGGCGAACAUUUUUUUUGUGGUGGACAGUGUUUAACUUUAUUCUACAGAGAAAUAUAUAAUGUAAUAUUGUAAUAAGUAAAUAUAUAUAUUUAAACUGAAAUAUUGUGAAAACAUACCACAUUAUUUAGCAUUUGCUGGCCAAACACACAGGGUUGUACAAACUAAUGCUAGAAGAUAAUUGCGAUUUUCUUGUUUUCUUUUAAUAAUUCUUUUUUAGGUUAAUUUGAUGUUUACUUUAAAAAGUGCAUUUUCCAAAUGUUCACCUAGUGAUUUAUUGUGAUGUUUAGUUAUUUUGGUAUUCAGUGUAUAUUUUAAUAAAUGGCAAGUUUUAUAAUCAACACAUUAA